AUCAUGGCACACCCUGUCCUAUGGAGAGGAAAAGUGUUCUUUUACCCUAUUGGCAAUACAUCUGCAGUUUGCCUCACACAGGAUCUUUGUCCAACUGAAAAAGCAGACAUACUACUUCUUGGGUGUGGCGAUCCAAGGCAUAUCCUUUACACUGUAUAUACAAACAGCGUUGGCUUGCAAGAGUCACGAAAACUGGACUUCACUUGCUGCGACAUCGAGAGUGCAGUCAUCGCUCGUAACGUUAUCCUAUUCACUCUCCUUGCCGAUGAAGGCGCUGCCCAGAAAGUGCCUCAAAUCUGGAACAUAUCUUUCCACUUUUACCUCGACAUAGCCUCCCGUGACCUGCUCAUAUCACAGUGUAGGAGGCUGGUAGAGCUAUCCGAAGAUCUGGAUAGCUGGAACAAUGGUCCUUACGGUCAUUUCCUUCGCAUGUGCACUGGAGAUACUCUCGCCGAGUUGCGGCGCCUUUGGCAGCUCUACGUCAAGACGGCUACUUUCUCUCCUAGCCAGGCAAAAGAAUUUGCAUCUGCAUAUGCUGCUGAUGUCAAGGCGGGCAGGGCGAAGUUUGAACACGUGGUCACAGCAAGUCGGGCAGCCGGACCAUUGUCGAUGUAUGCCUCCGAGAAGGCAGGUGACCACUACAACAUGUACUGGGAUACAGGCGUAUGCUCUGCCGUCCCCAAGAGACCCUCUGAGGUGUCACAUCCAAAUCCGACCUUAGCAUACUCCAUGGUUGGUGACAAAUUCGGGGUUCACUAUGGCACGGAUCCUCUCGCUUGCUUUCAUUUGGCAGAGGCACUUGCGCCACCUGUCGGAAGCGUUCGCCACCCAGAGAAAUGUACUCUGAAAGACGUAGUAAAUGUCUGCAAGGCGCAGUUUUCGAGGUGGUGCACUUCGGUUUCCAAGGUCUUGCGCAAUCAACGUCCAUCUUCUCCGAGCCCGCUCAUGAUCCGUUGCUUCGUGGGCGACGCCCUCAGCCUGUGUCAAGCCCUUGGCUACUCCCACUCCACUAAGUCGACAUUGACACCAUUCCCUGUUGCUCCUUGGAAGCACGCGCGCAUCACUUUUGAUCCUGAUGCUUACGGAAGUCACACGCAGUCCCCCGCGCCGACCACAUUCAACGUCAUUGAUACUUCCAAUCUUAUUGAUCACGUCGGCGUGUUGAAUAUCAUUGCUAUUGCUUCUCCCAUUCUUCAGCGAACUCCGACUGCUACGUUGUACACGGAAGGUCUCGCUUCGGUUAGCCCAGAAGACACGUUGUCCCAACAACUUUGUGGAGAUGUUGCGACUAUUGGUCUACUCCUUUGCUUGAUUCCCGCGUGCUUCGUAUCGCAGUUCACGAACCGGUCGAGCAUGCAUGAGCACCUCGCACGUAUGUCGCAAGAUACAAUCCAGAAUCAUGAGCGCCUUGCCUGGAAGCUGAUCGGCGGGGCUGAGAGACUUGUGACGGAUCUUAGCUGCCCCAUCGACAUCGCUCCGGCGCAGCUUGCAGGUGUUCUAUUCAAUAUCUAUCUCAACAUGUUUUCUCAUGAGAACAUGAUGCGAAAGUUGGCCAUGGCCACACAGUCGCCGGCGACAACCAGGCUGUCCCUGAUUGUACAUUACCAUCGACGUUCGUUCGUGGAGAUUUUGGGUGUCGUCAAGGGGAAGGUAGUCACAGAGUGGGAUUCAACCAUGAACAUGCUUCAUGACAAGAUUCAGAAUGACAGGACCCUCAUAACCGGAAUGAACUUUUACCAAGAUCUUUGCUGCCAGCUGCACCUUCUCGGCGUUUUCACUGUGGGUUGGCUGUCUCCCCCACAGAUGCAGGAGAUGCAACGUGCUGCAAGGCCUCUUGUCUUUCGUAAUUGGAAGACGCUUCCACAAACUGUCUGUGUCGUCCUCGUUGUUCCUCGGGAUCGUCUUCAGCCGCUCUUGCCCGAUCUUGACGAGGCUGGAACACCUGUGUUGCAAUGCGACCUGAGGGGCGUAGGAACCUCGAAUGCGUUCUCUUGCAUCAACACAGUUUUCGGUACCGUCAAGAUCAGCGGCAAGGGCGACAGCAAAACUGCAGCCAUUGAGGUGGACGCCAAUGGACGGUAUGGAACUUCCCCUCUCGUGGUGUGGUUCUGGGUACCGUCCUUCGUGCUGAUGAACGUGCGUCGUGGAACAGUCGUAUUAUCUGUUCUCCCCGCUACAGCAAGUCUAGCGCUUACCAUGAAACUGGGGCUGAACCUUUCCUUAUUCCAAGCGGACAUGGGAGAUGAGCAGCUCGUGCACAUCCUGCGACAGCGUCCUGAUGCUGGCCCAGACAGCUUUGGGGAGAGGGGUGUGCAAAUCGGCAGUCGUCCCAUGACGACGACUGGUGCUCGCACAUUCGUCACGUUAGAUAAAGAAUGCGAGACACCUCAGACAUUCACCACUCGCGUGGAUAUCAUCGAACCGGAGAUGAAAGCUUCCCUGAUCAGCGGUGCUACACCUAUUGUGAAUCAAGUUUCCAUGCAUUCAAUUGCUGUCGUUCUUGGAGGCAACUCUUUGAAACUGCCUUUCCCACUUCCUAUUGAUGCGAAGAAAGCCAAGCUCCGCAUUGCACGAAAGUCGCUAUACAUCGAAGUCACCUUGCCACUGAAACUUGCUCUUGGAGGAACCGACAUGAUGGACAUGUUCCCUGUCAUUCCGCAGGGAGGCGAUCUUGCGCUGUGGAACAUGCACCGAGUCAACCUUGACCAAUGUGUACCUUUCAGCAUCGCCAACAAGAAUGCUAUCGACUGGGUCAUCCCUCACCUCUAUUUCAUGUUGUCGGAGCGCGAAAGAAAAAUGCCGGUUGUUUUGACAACGGGGUCCACGUUGCUGGAUGUCAAACAUACACUUAAUGUCAUGCUCAGGCAUGCAAGCGGUACCACAAAUGGUAAACCCCCUCUAUGCUACGCCUUGCAGGAAGAACCCCAGGUCUUUGCUAUGGUCUUCAUCACGGACCUCCGCUUGGACGUCGGGUCGCACACUAUGAUCGCUGAUGCUUGGGUGAUGCCGUCUUCUCCCUCGUCUGAAAAGUUCGAGGCUUUCACCAAAGUUGUAAAACAUAGCGAUAUGCAUAUGGUUGGGAUGGGUGUCGAAGAGAGGAAGGCAUGGAUGCACCUCCUCGUAGCCGUGGCGGAGCGGUGCCGUACCUGGGAGCACAAGAGCAACUGCGAGUACCGUGUCCAAGGCGCUAUCCCUCUAACUUUGGAGCCGAACCGGAGUCCUAUUUGCUCUUGCGGUGCCGGGGUGGGGACAGAGGCGUUUGUGAAGAAAUACCCGAUGCUUCGGCCGCUUACGCCGUAUGUGACAAGGGCAGCAAUCAGUCCGCUGUUCGCGCUGUCGUACAUGGAAAGUUUUGGUACACUGGAAGAUGACAUCGCAACGAAGACUCCACCGACACCUGCGUCGGCAGUAGCGGUGCGUCAUGUAUGCGCCGCAUGUGGAAAGGAAGGAGGUGCCUCUGGGUCGUUGUUGAUUUGCAGCAGGUGCAAGGUCGUGCGGUAUUGUUCACAGGGUUGUCAGCGCAAGGACUGGAAAGGGCAUAAGAAGAAUUGCAUGGUGGUAUCUUCCUGAAUUCGAGAUCGUUCAU